CUUGCCCACAGUCAUACAGCUAGGUAGAAUCCCCGACUUGGAAUGACAAAUUGGCUUUCAGGGAUCCGGAAGAUCGCUUAUUGGCAGUCCGCAGCAGUGAGGGGGCCCCCAGGGGUGGAGGGCUUGGUGUCACAACCAGCCAGGGGAAGGACCCAGAGUGGGGCUUUUCCCGAAGGUAGGUGGGUGGGCAGCCGGGGCGGGGCGGGGCCAGUCGGCCAAGCUCCUACUGCCGCUCGCUCGGCCCGAGUCCCGCAGCCGGGGGAGAAUGGGGCGGUCCCGAGGCUGGGCCGUAGGACGGGGCGGGCCGUGGGCACGGGGCCCGGGCCCCGCCCUCCCUCCGCCCUCCCUCCGCCCUCGCCACCUGAGACAGGUGGAGUCGCCGGAGUGGCUGCCGGAGUCAUGUCCCAGAAGAAGCCGGACCUGGAGCUCGAGCCCCCGGCGGAGUCGGCGCCGCGCUGCUCUGUGCACGCCCAGGAGCUGAAAUGGUUCUGUAGCGCUGAGCGGCGGCUCGUGUGCGCCGGCUGCAAGGGAUCGGGGGGCCCGUGCCGCGAGCACCACGUCCGGAGGGCCGAGGAGCGGGCGGAGGAGCUGCGGAACAAGAUAGUGGAUCAGUGCGAGAAGCUGCAGCUACAGAGUGCUGGCAUCACCAAAUACAUGGCUGAAGUCUUGCCUCGGAAAAACCAGAAUGCAGCGACCAUGGCCAGUGGAGCCCGUGAGGUGGUGAUCCAGCGGCUGAGUCUGGUUCGGAAUGUGUGUGAGAGCGAGGAGCAGCGGCUGCUGGAGCGGGUGCACGCGGAGGAGGAGCGAGCCCACCAGAGCAUUCUGACCCAGCGGUCUCACUGGACUGAGGCCUUACAGAAGCUUGGCACCAUCCGCACCAACCUAGUGGGCAUGCUCACUGAUCUCGAUGACCACAGCCUUAUUCAGUCAGAGCGGGAGAUUUUUGAGAGGACUGAGGAAGCUGAGGGAAUCUUGGAUCCCCAGGAAUCUGAGAAGUUAAAUUUUAAUCAGAAAUGUGUGCGGAGCCCAUUACUGACCCAGCUUUGGGCAUCAGCUGUUCUCUGCUGCCUCUCAGGUACUGAGGACAUUCGUGUGGAUGAAAGGACCAUCAGUCCCUUUCUCCUGCUGUCAGAGGACAGGAGGACCCUCACUUUCAACCCCAAGAAGUCCAAGGCCUAUGCAGAUGGCCCAGAACGCUUUGACCAUUGGCCCAAUGCCCUGGCCUCAACCUCCUUCCAGAGUGGGCUUCAUGCAUGGAUGGUGAAUGUGGAGAACAGCUGUGCUUAUAAGGUGGGAGUGUCCUCAAGCCAACUGCCUCGCAAGGGUUCUGGGAAUGAUACCCGCCUUGGCUACAAUGCCUUCUCCUGGGUGUUCUCCCGCUACGACCAGGAAUUUCGGUUCCUGCACUGUGGCCAGCACCAGCCUUUGGCCCUGUUGCGCUGUCCAGACCGCAUUGGGGUGUUGUUGGACUUGGCAGCAGGUGAGCUGUUGUUCUAUGAGCCCAGCUCAGGUGCCCUCUUGUGUUCCCACCACAUCCAGUUUGAGGGCCCUAUCUUCCCUGUCUUUGCUGUGGCUGACCAGAACAUCUCCAUUGUUCAGUGAUGGGCUUCUCUCACGAUGUUUAAAGGGUUCCCUCCCCCAACCCAUCCUCAACAUCAUGGUGCCAGGUUUUCUACUGUGUAUGCCCAGUAGCCAUCACCCGAGGGCAAAGAGUGGUGGGAAGAUGGAGCUGAGGUGGGUCCUACCUUUCAGGUACUUGGGUGUUGGUGAAGAGCCCACCCUCGCCCCAGUGUGCCACAGGUCUCUUUUCCCUAGCAUCUAUUUUUAAAGUACCUGAUAUGGGAGGACAAGGAAAGGUGAUAAAGGGAAGUAGUGGAAAGAAAACUGGGCAAGCAGUCAAAUGCCUGGGUUCUGGUCUCUGCUCUGCCACUGAGUCAUUGUGAGGUGCUGAACAAGUUGUUUGAUCUUUUUAGGCAUCAGUCUCCUCAUCUGUAGGGGUAGAUGAGCCGAGGUGAUUGUUAGCUCUCACAUUGGCAAUGGCAAUUACUGUUUCUGGUUCCCUUGGCCGUGACGCUUGUGACUGCCAGGCCUGUGUUUAUAACCCCUUUUCUUCUGUUCAGGGACUCACCAGGGUCCACUCUCUCACCUUCUGGAUGCAGGGUACUCCUCAGACCCCUACAUCAUAGGCUCAGUUAGGUAGGCUCUCCUACCAGGUGCUAACUUUAGCUGGAGUUCUGGGCCAGUCCUGAGAGUUGCUGGUAGCUGCUGGCUUUUCCCUAACCUGGCCUGAUUGAUGUCUUCUACCUCCUCCUAACUCAGCGGUACCCAUUCUCUAGGGCUAGGGGUUGGGCACAUGAAUAAGGAGCUUGAGAGGGGAAGGAGAGAUGGCAGGGCAGGCUCCUGAGGAGGUGCCUGCCUGUGGGGAACAUUUAAAUUAUUAAAAAGUUUUGGAAAAACAAAAUCAAAUUGCUGGUUUCUUCUGUCCCUGUCCUUUGCUGGUAACUGAAGACCCCCAUGUCCUGACUGUAACCCUUUCCCUCUCUAUCUCUGGGAGCUUGUUGAACAAUUAUUUGUGCUAGAAAACUCAUGCUGUCUCCACCCACAUUUACGUUGGAAAAGCUGGAAGCGGGCAUGAUGGAAAAAACACUGGGCCGAGGACCCAGGAUGUCUGGGUUCUGGUUGUGCCUUUAAUUAGACACAUUGCCCUUGAGCAUCUUUGUUGGACGCCUAGCCUCAGCUUCUUCAUUCAGAAGUGAAGGGAGGAAGGGAUGCUGAGGUCCUAGCUGGACCAUUCUUUGGUUCCACCAUGUUAACAUUUGCAAAAACUCAACUACUUAUAAAUCUUCUAACCUUCAUCAAUAUGACAUUAUAUUUGGCAAAAGAAUGUCUUUUUUUUUAUGUUGUACAAAAAACUAAUUUAUCUUUGAGUCUGGGCAGCUAGAUGGUGCAGAGGAUAGAGCACUUAGCCUGGAGUCCGGAAGACCUGAGUUCAAAUGUGAC